AUGAGCACACCUAAGACGGAACAUGUGCCCAUCCCAGGGCCACGGGGUGUACCUCUGGUGGGAAAUAUCCUCGAUAUUGAGAGUGAAAUCCCUCUCAGGAGCUUAGAAAUGAUGGCAGAUACUUACGGACCCAUCUAUCGAUUAACAACCUUCGGAUUCUCACGAUGCCUAGUUAGCUCCCACGAGCUCGCAGCUGAAGUUUUCGAUGAGGAACGGUUCACCAAAAAAAUCACAGCUGGUCUGAGUGAACUUCGUCACGGUAUCCAUGAUGGUUUAUUCACGGCCCAUCUGGGCGAGGAGAACUGGGAGAUUGCGCACCGCAUUUUGAUGCCCGCUUUCGGACCACUUUCCAUUCAAAAUAUGUUUGACGAAAUGCAUGACAUUGCGACGCAGCUGGUGAUGAAGUGGGCGCGACAAGGCCCCAAGCAAAAAAUCAUGGUGACAGAUGAUUUCACUCGCCUCACAUUGGAUACCAUCGCCCUCUGCGCUAUGGGAACACGAUUCAACUCCUUCUACAGCGAAGAAAUGCACCCCUUUGUGGACGCCAUGGUUGGCAUGUUGAAAACGGCAGGCGAUCGAUCUCGCCGCCCAGCCUUGGUCAACAACCUGCCUACUUCAGAAAACAACAAGUACUAUGAAGAUAUCGAGUAUCUGCGCAAUCUUUCCAAGGAACUAGUAGAUAGCCGCAAAGAAAAUCCCGUGGAAAAGAAAGACUUGCUCAAUGCUCUCAUCAAUGGCCGGGACCCGAAGACCGGCAAGGGCAUGUCAUUUGACUCGAUUAUUGAUAAUAUGAUCACUUUCCUGAUUGCCGGACAUGAAACCACUUCUGGUUUGCUCUCAUUCGCCUUCUACAACUUGCUCAAGAAUCCUCAGGCAUAUCAAAAAGCGCAGGAGGAAGUGGACAGAGCAAUUGGACGCCGCAAGAUUGUUGUGGAAGACUUGCAAAAGCUACCCUACAUCACUGCUGUCAUGCGUGAAACCUUACGUCUCACCCCCACUGCACCAGCCAUUGCAGUAGGCCCUCACCCUACUAAGAACCACGAAGACCCCGUCACCCUAGGUAAUGGAAAGUAUGUCAUUGGCAAGGAUGAGCCGGUCGCUCUCCUGCUGGGCAAGAUUCAGCGCGAUCCAAAGGUAUACGGUCCUGAUGCGGAGGAAUUUAAGCCUGAGCGGAUGCUGGAUGAGCACUUCAAUAAAUUGCCUAAGCACGCAUGGAAACCCUUCGGAAACGGAUCGAGAGCAUGUAUUGGACGGCCGUUUGCCUGGCAGGAAGCACUCCUUGUCAUUGCGAUGUUAUUGCAAAAUUUCAACUUCCAGCUGGAUGACCCAUCGUACAAUAUCCAGCUUAAGCAGACCCUCACGAUCAAGCCUAACAAUUUCUAUAUGAGAGCUACUCUCCGUGAGGGCUUGGAUGCUACGCACCUAGGAUCGUCACUGAGCGCCACCAGUGCCGAACAGGUGGAAGCCGCCAGCCACGGCAAGUCAAGCGCCGCUAAAAAAUCCGCUGAUUUGAAGCCGAUGUAUGUCUACUAUGGCAGCAAUACUGGAACUUGUGAGUCAUUCGCAAGACGCCUAGCCGAUGACGCUACUGGCUUUGGCUACUCAGCCGAAGUUGAUUCGUUGGAUUCGGCCAGGGAUCACAUCCCCAAGAAUGGGCCUGUCGUUUUUAUCACCGCUUCUUAUGAAGGACAGCCCCCAGAUAACGCAGCCCAUUUCUUCGAAUGGCUCAGUGCCUUGAAGGGCGAUAACCCCCUGGAAGGCGUUAAUUAUGCUGUGUUCGGUUGUGGUCACCAUGAUUGGCAGUCAACCUUCUACCGCAUUCCCAAGGAGGUUAACCGUCUCAUUGGUGAGAAUGGUGCAAACAGGCUCUGUGAGAUCGGACUGACCGACACGGCCAACGCUGACAUCGUCACGGAUUUCGAUACCUGGGGUGAAGCCCUUUUCUGGCCGGCUGUUACGGCUAAGUUCGGCAGCUCCAACGCUCAGGGCUCACAGAAGUCAUCCAGCUUCCAUGUAGAGGUCAGCUCGGGUCACCGGGCAACCACUCUCGGUCUCCAACUGAAAGAAGGUCUUGUUUUGGAGAAUGCCCUUCUCACCCAGCCUGACAUGCCUGCCAAGCGGACGAUUCGCUUCAAACUCCCCACUGACAUGCACUACAAGUGCGGUGACUAUCUCGCUGUCCUCCCUGUUAACCCCAGCACCGUGGUCCGCAAAGUUAUGAGCCGUUUUGACCUCCCUUGGGAUGCCGUGCUCCGCAUCGAGAAAGCAUCUUCCUCGUCCUCGAAACAUAUCUCCAUCCCCUUGGACACCCAACUCUCCGCCUACGAUCUGUUCGCCACGUACGUCGAGCUCUCCCAACCAGCCUCGAAGCGUGACCUAGCCGCCUUAGCUGACGCAGCGGCCACCGACCCCGACACCCAAGCCGAGUUACAGGCAAUCGCCUCCGACCCAGCCCGAUUCGCCGAGAUCUCUCAGAAGCGCAUCAGCGCCCUAGACCUACUCAUGCAAUACCCCUCGAUCAACCUUCCGAUUGGCGAUUUCGUCGCCAUGCUCCCUCCCAUGCGAGUCCGCCAGUACUCCAUCUCCUCCUCCCCCUUAGUCGACCCCACCGAAUGCGCCAUCACCUUCUCUGUCCUGAAAGCCCCAUCCCUCGCCUCAACCAACCCCGAAGAAGAAGAAUACCUGGGCGUAGCCUCAACAUAUCUCUCCGAGCUCCGCUCCGGAGAACGCGUCCACAUCUCUGUCCGCCCCUCGCACACCGGCUUCAAACCCCCUACCGAACUCACCACCCCUAUGAUCAUGGCCUGCGCUGGAAGCGGUCUCGCGCCCUUCCGUGGUUUCAUCAUGGACCGCGCCGAGAAGAUCCGCGGCCGCCGCAGCUCCGGCUCCAAGUUGCCCGAAGAUCAAGAACCAGCCAGAGCAAUCCUCUACGCCGGCUGCCGUACUAAGGGCAAGGACGACAUCUGCGCGGAUGAAUUGGCCGAGUGGGAAAAAUUAGGCGCCGUCGAAGUAAGACGAGCAUACAGUCGACCCAGCGAUGGAUCGAAGGGCACACGUGUGCAGGAUCUGAUGCUGGAAGAUCGGAAGGAGCUUGUUGACCUGUUCGAGAGCGGGGCGAGAAUUUACGUCUGCGGUCAGCCCGGAGUAGGCAAUGCGGUUCGCGAUACGGUUAAGAGUAUUUUCCUUGAGCGGCGGGAUGAGAUUCGUCGUCUGGCAAAGGAGAGAGGUGAGGCUGUUUCGGAUGAUGAUGAGGAGACGGCCGUGAAGAAGUUCUUUGAUGAUAUGAAGGCCAAGGAGAGAUAUACUACCGAUGUUUUUGCUUAG